AUGCCACGCUCCUUUUUGGUGAAGCAGCCGAAGGUUCACGAUUUCUCGUCUUCCAACUACUACCAUCAGCACCAGCAGCACUGGGACGACUCCUACGCUGUGACACAUGCCAUCACAGAGUCGGCCACCAACUUGGCGGUCCGUUUGAGCGAAAAUGGCUACAUCCACGAUUACAGCAUCCCCUCAGUGUUGCAGAGCAAAAAGGAGCCAGGUUGCGAGCAGACCGGUCUCUCCUCAGGGCCCCUGUACUCCCCAGGAUUUGUAGGUGGCAGCGGUGGUGAGGAGUUCUCUGACCAUGACAUGGAACAUCCGGACAGCCCUGUGUCCAGCGCCACAGCUGAAUCAGACAGCAGCGGCCCAGAGUUGGAGGAGAAUGCGAUCAACAACUUCCUCAUCUCUGAUGGACGCUCCCGCCGGAGGCCCAAACAGAGGUGUCCCCGCAAGGGAGGCAGCCAAUCGGACAGCAGCGAGGGUGUCGGCUCCGCAGACUGCAGCCCUGUCAAAGGAAAAUCCAAAGGGCGCUAUAUGUGUGGAGAGUGCGGAAAGUCUUACGCCACCUCCUCCAAUCUGAGCAGACACAAGCAGACUCAUCGCAGCCUGGACAGCCAGCAGGCCAGGAAGUGUCCCACCUGCCACAAGGCGUACGUGUCCAUGCCGGCGCUGGCUAUGCACAUGCUGACCCAUGACCUGAAGCAUGAGUGCACGGUGUGCGGUAAAGCCUUUAGUCGGCCCUGGCUCCUGCAGGGCCACAUGAGGUCCCACACCGGAGAGAAACCCUUCGCAUGUGCCCACUGCGGCAAAGCCUUCGCCGACCGAUCCAACCUUCGAGCUCACAUGCAGACGCACUCGGCCUUCAAGCACUACUCCUGCAAACGCUGCAACAAAAGCUUUGCACUCAAGUCUUACCUGAACAAGCACUAUGAGUCAGCCUGCUUCAAAGAGCACCAAGGAGAGGAUGACUGCAGCUCAGAGGACUGA